AUGUUCUCCAGCCGCAACCGUGCCCCGCGCGCACGGCGCUCGCCCACGCCGUCAGGGGGACAACGCAAGGACUCCUCAGCGGGGCCGCCCUCGCGCCCAGCGUCGCCCGGAAGCCCAGGGGCGAAGCCGCUGUACCUCUGCAGCCCCUUCGCCGACGCUGCUCUGGUCAAGGGCAACUUCAAGACGAUUGUCAUGUUGCCCAAGUACGCGGACAUCAUGGAGUGGGUUGCUGUGAACAUAUUCGACUUCUACACGAACCUCAACGAGUUCUACGGUGUGAUCGCGGAGGUGUGCACGCAACAUACGUGCCCAUCGAUGUCUGCCGGUCCGGCGCUGAACUACGUCUGGACGCACCAGGGGGGCAAGCAGGCGAAUCUGCCUGCGCCGACGUACAUCGACUAUGUGAUGACCUCCAUACAGAAUCUGAUUGACGACGAGAACGUCUUCCCUACCAAGUCCAACCAGGGCUUCCACCAAUCCUUCCCCGCCACCAUCCGUACCGUCUACCGCCAGCUCCUACGCGUCUUCGCACACGUCUACCACGCGCACUAUCCCCAGAUCCUCCACCUCCGCUCCGAGCCGCACUUCAACUCCCUCUUUGCGCACUUUUUAGCGUUUGGACGCGAGUAUGAGCUCUUGGAGGUGAAAGACAUCAAGGGAGAGCCGAAUGCCCCGGUUGGGGUAGGGUUACUUUGGGAGAGGUGGAAGGAGAAGGGUAUCUUGGAGGGAUAG